AUGGACACUUCUUCGUAUUUGAAAGCCCAGGCUCGCAUUCCUUUUCGACGACGCUACUUCCUUCCCCAAAACAGCUCCAAGGAAAACCUUGACCGAUUCAUACCAAACCGAUCAGCGAUGGAUUUCGACUACGCUCACUUCGCUCUUACAGAAGGAAGAGAAGCAAAAGAAGAAAAGGUAAGUCCAUCAAGAGAAGCUUAUAGAAAGCAGUUAGCUGAGGCUUUGAAUCUUAACCGAACUCGAAUCCUUGCCUUCAGGAACAAACCUUCUACUUCAGUCCCCAAGGAUCACUCUGCUUCUUCUUCUUCUUCUCUUCACUACCAACGGUUUCAACCCUUGAAGCCUCCUAGACGCAUCCCUCAGAGUCCCGAGAGAACUCUUGAUGCUCCUGGUCUUUUGGAUGACAUGUACCUUAACGUUCUCGACUGGAGCAGUGCUAAUGUCGUAGCCGUCGCCUUGGACAAGUCUGUUUGUCUCUGGGAUGCUUCCACCGGCUCUGUGACUGAGCUUGUCAGGUAUGGCGAAGAUAAAGGACCUGUCACAAGUGUGAACUGGGCACAUGAUGGUGUCAAUCUCGGAGUUGGGCUCAAGAAUGGUGAAGUAGACAUUUGGGAUUGUGAAACCAAGAGUCUAAUGAGAACACUGGGAGGUUGCCACCACGAACCAGUUGGGUCGUUGGCGUGGAACAGUCACAUCCUGACGAGUGGAGGAAUGGACGGACGUAUCUUCAACAGCGAUGUGCGGAUCAGGUCAUCCGUUGUGGCGACUUACAAGGGUCACAGUGGAGAGGUUUGUGGGCUCAAGUGGUCAGGAUCUGGUGAGCGACUAGCUAGUGGUGGCAGGGACAAUCUAGUGCACAUAUGGGAUCGUUCUAGUUCAACGCAGUGGCUGCACAGGCUCAGGGGGCAUACAUCUGGGGUUAAAGCUCUCGGUUGGUGUCCUUUCCAAACCCAUUUGCUUGCAUCUGGAGGUGGUGAAGAAGACGGGAAGAUAAAGUUCUGGAACACUCAGACAGGGGCUUGCUUGAAUUCGGUUGACACUGGUUCCCAAGUUUCUUGUCUGUUAUGGAGCAACAAGGAAAGAGAGCUGCUUAGCUCACGUGGGUCUCAGCUCACACUGUGGAAGUACCCAUCGAUGGUGAAAAUGGCUGAGCUUUCUGGUCAUGAAUCGAGCGUUAUAUCUAUGUCCCAGAGUCCAGAUGGUUGUACUGUAGUUUCAGGGGCUGGAGACGAGAAACUGAUGUUUUGGAAUGUUUUCGGAGUACCUGGCACCGCCAAAAAACCUGUUCCCAAAGGAGCUCGUGAGCCGUUUUCUCAUGUGGCUCGUAGUAUUCGGUGAGAGCGUGAACACAACAAUGAAAAACACUGAAGAAAAAUGAUCGAAGUACAGGUUAAUUGUGUAGUUUAGUCACUAGAGUUUCUAAGUUGAAUAAUGCGAAUAGAAUAGGAUGAGUGAAGAUAAUUGAUAUGAGACUAGGAGUACAGGUUCAUUAUAGAAUAGGAUGAGUGAAGAUAAUUGAUAGGAGACUAGGAGUACAGGUUCAUUGUGUAAUUUAGUCAUUAGAGUUGCUAAGUAGAAUAAUACUAAUAGAAUAGGAUUAGUAGUGAAGAUAAUUGAUAGGAGACUAGGAGCAGAUUAGGAGUACAGGUUCAUUAUAGAAUAGGAUGAGUGAAGGCAAUUGAUCGAAGUACAGGUUCAUUGUGUAAAUUAGUCAUCAGAGUUGCUAAGUAAAAGAAUGUUAAUAGAAUAGGAUGAGUGAAGAAAAUUGAUAGGAUUACAGGUUCAUUGUGUAAUAUAGUCCUCUCUGGACGUUUUGGCCACACGUGAUCGUUUACUUCUCAAAACGUUUCUCUUAUCUUUCUUCAUUUGUUGUAUACAUGUAUAUCUUUGGACAAAAAUUGUUGGUUUACAGCUGGUUUAUUCCGGUUUGUUCUGUACGAAAUUGGUUUGCAACCCGGUUUGUUCUAAACAACUUGAGCGUAGAGCACUAGUUGUUGGUAAAAAGAGCUAUGUUUGUUUACAUGAGUCUGUUAUGAAGCAGAAUAAGA